AUGAGCCAAGGCGACAGAGAACGUCUCCUCCUCAACCCCAUCCAAAGCGAAAAGUUCACAACCAUCUCUGAAUAUCAACUAUUCACGCUCACUCGGAAACACCCCGAGAUCUCUCGCAAGAACUAUCUAAGCCAUUUUGAUUUUGGCACUUUUACGAUGGAGCAGAAGCGUACGAUCGUUGGACUUUUGGGUUUGGAUUUGUCGAGGUAUCCAUUCGUGUGGAAUUCGUUGGUUAGGAGUGAUAAGGUGGAUGGUGUGGCAACGUUUUUUGAGUAUCUGAGGAUGGCGACGCAGGAGUAUACGAGGAAGGCUUUGAUUUUGAAGGUACUGGUUCGCUUCUUUUCUUCACAUGUCUGGGCUUGCACCAACGAGGUUGAAGGGGUUGUUUAG